GGGAACGGGAAGAUGGCGACGGCGGCGGCGGGGGCAGCGGCGGAGCAGCAAAGUUCAAAUGGUCCUGUAAAGAAGUCUAUGCGUGAGAAGGCUGUUGAGAGGAGAAAUGUUAAUAAAGAGCAUAACAGUAACUUUAAAGCUGGAUAUAUUCCAAUUGAUGAAGAUAGGCUCCAUAAAACUGGCCUGAGGGGGAGAAAGGGCAAUUUAGCCAUCUGUGUGAUUGUUCUCCUUUUUAUCUUGGCUGUCAUCAACUUAAUUAUAACACUGGUUAUCUGGGCUGUGAUCCGAAUUGGACCCAAUGGCUGUGACAGUAUGGAAUUCCAUGAGAGUGGUUUGCUUCGAUUUAAACAAGUAUCUGAUAUGGGAGUUAUACAUCCUCUUUAUAAGAGCACAGUAGGAGGCAGACGUAAUGAAAAUUUGGUUAUCACUGGCAACAACCAACCAAUUGUUUUUCAGCAAGGAACAACGAAACUCAGUGUAGAAAAGAACAAAACUUCUAUUACAAGUGACAUUGGCAUGCAGUUUUUUGACCCAAGGACUCAAAAUAUUUUAUUCAGUACAGACUAUGAAACCCACGAAUUUCAUUUGCCAAGUGGAGUAAAGAGUUUGAAUGUACAAAAAGCAUCUACUGAAAGGAUUACCAGUAAUGCAACCAGUGAUUUAAAUAUAAAAGUUGAUGGGCGUGCCAUUGUCCGAGGGAAUGAAGGUGUAUUCAUUAUGGGCAAAACCAUUGAAUUUCAUGUGGGUGGUAAUAUGGAAUUAAAAGCUGAACACAGCAUCAUCCUAAAUGGAUCUGUGAUGGUCAGCACCUCUCGCCUACCAAGUUCUUCCUUUGGAGAUCAAUUAAACAAUGGUGACUGGGUACGCUACAAGCUCUGUAUGUGUGCAGAUGGAACUCUGUUCAAAGUGCAAGUGACAGGCCAAAAUAUGGGCUGCCAAAUCUCAGACAACCCUUGUGGAAACACACAUUAGAUGAGCUGGGGGAGAGAGAAAAGUCAUCAGUGUGUUUAUAUUCGUCUUUACAUUUU